GUACAACCGAAACGUUGCAAAUUUGCGACGGAUCUUUGCCCAGGUUUGCACAGCAUCCGAAUAGAAGCUUGGGAAAGAUGGCCAUAGCCUCGAGCCUCGGUCACCCUCUAUGGCGGUGUCAAAAUAUUGUAGGCCGUCUUCACCGAGAACGCACCUUUCUAUUUUACCACCAGGACGCCUCAAGUUGAGGUGGGGUUUCAAAUAUGCGCAUAUAACGAGGAGCUGACAUUUUCGGCAGAUGAAUCAAGCUCUCAUACUGUGGUUUUAUCAUCUCAAUACCAUCUUUAAACGAUUCUACUGUCGGACUGGGCUGAUCGAGUUCGAGAGAAAGGACCUUUUUCAACUUUACAUCAUCGCGUAUUCUCUUGUCCUCCACGCCGAGGAAUGGGAUAUAGACGAAUUCGAUCGAUAUACGAUGAACGAUAUCCCAAUACGCCUCAUACGCCUAACAGACAUGGCGUUUGUUGAGCGUAAUGAGGUGAGGGAGCACUUCAGGACGUCUUAUAUAAAACGCCUUGAGCCGACCUACGAAGAAAUCAAGGCGGGCACAGCAGCAUGUCCGGGGUACGAGAAACUGAAGAAGUUCUGCGCAAAGGCCGAGGAGUACAACAUGGAAUUUGCAUGGUCAGAUACCUGCUGCAUCAACAAAAGUAGCAGCACCGAGCUCGACGAGUCGAUUCGCUCCAUGUUUAGAUGGUAUGGAAACUCGGCCAUUUGCAUUAUCCAUCUGGCACAAAGCAAAACCAUUGAGGACAUAAUGGAGGACGAAUGGACUGAAAGAGGCUGGACGUUGCAAGAACUGCUCGCGCCCGCUCGAAUCAAAUUCUUCAACAAGUACUGGGUGCCUAUGACGGACGAUAGAAAUGACAAAGAUGACAAGGAUGACAUCAACGAGUUCCUGUUCAGUAGGCCAUUGCUGUCCAGCCUGAGGCGUCGGGAACCGGCCGAAAUAUUGGAGACUCUGGAGAGAGCUACAGGUAUUCCUUAUGACGACCUACGACGCAAGUUUUGUCCAAGUCCGUCCGAGGUAGAUAAGCGGAUGACGUGGGCAGCCAGACGCAAGACAACAAGGGUCGAAGAUGUGGCGUAUUCCCUGAUGGGAAUGUUUGAUGUGAGCCUGCAGAUUGCGUAUGGAGGAGGAGAUCGCGCAUUCUGCAGGCUCAUAGAGGUCAUCAUGCAGGCUGGUGACCCUUCUGUCCUCAACUGGAAGGGCGACGCUGCGAGGCAUCACACUUCACACGCUAUUCCUAAAUCACCACAGAGCUUCAUAGCCUAUCAAAGUUUGGAGCUGGAAGGCAGUGGGCGGUUGGAGAUGACUAUGACCAGCCUUGGCUUGCGAGUGCCUUUGGUAAUAUUUCCCUCUCAACGUCCAUUCGAAUAUGUGUGCGGGACAUGGCUACAGUAUUACACUGGACUGCCCGUUGUGUCCAAGUAUCAAGAUUGAUAUUGAUACCAGCUGCCGACUCGACUCCGUUGAUCAAUACGCGCUCGGGAUCGUCAAUUAUUCACUCAUCGGCCGUGUGCCAGGGAUCCGGGGCAAGUCGGCCGGUUUCAUUCUACACCGAGAACCUGAUAUUUUCCACUGUGUACCCGCCUGUGAACCCAGGCCUACCGCAUUUGUUGGGCUUAAAUUAUCUCCUCCGGAAGAGAGGUUCGCUGAGUGGAAGUUGGUGGAAGAGGUGGGCCUGGUCCAAGUCAACUUCCCAGUUAUACCGGAUGAACCAGUUUGCUAUAUUGAUCGUCAAUACCUACAGACUGUAUACUUGUAGCACUGGCUCUACUCCCAAUGCAGCUGUUGCUCGACUGAUGAUAGCAAUCAUGAACGGAAGGAGUGUCUUUGCACGCGCCACAGACUUUGAGAUCAAAUCUCUGGGCUCUAUCAGGAUGUCUCGUCGCCAAAGCUGAGUGGUUUGUUUG